AUUUGUAAAGCGUAUAUAGGGCGUGCAAGUCAGAUAUGUAGAUCUACAGAACCUCUCUGUAGCUAUUGGUUAUGUGUUGUGGUGUGUGCUGGGAUUUAGGGACUGACAAGCUGUUGGGUUUGUAUAAAAGUGCUAGAAAAUGACGACCACGUUAUUUAUAUCCGUAUCCCUUAUGGUAUUAUGGAUUUCUUCAGCCAAAUCGGUUCCAGACUGCCUUAGUGGGUCAUACGCUACAUCCCCGCCUGUCAUCACAGUCGAUGGAACCACCUACAGCAACGGCUCGAAUUUCACAACAACCGAGAACGUCCCCCGUCACAUCGCCUGCACUGUGUCCGGGGGUGAGUCAAACGUCUACACGAUCACCAUCACGUGUGGUCAGCACAGCAUCACAGAGAACGGAACCAAAGCUGACUUGCUGCAGACGACAUUUUCUAAAGCAGAAAACGGCCAAAAGUGCACGUGCUCUGCCAGUCAUUGGACCGGAUGUUACGAUCUGAAGACUGAAAUCACGAUCAAUGUCAUGUACCAACCAACCGUGACAAGUUUCACAGCAGUGGGAAAAGAAACCGAGGUCACCAUCAAACAGGGCGACACAAUCAACUUCAACUGUACAGCCAGUGGCAACCCCAGGCCAACCAUGUACAUCACACAGAGAUCUCCAACCUCUGAGCCUUUCCUCACAGUACAGACGUAUAACCUACAGUAUGACAUACGUGGGGCCCAGUGUGACGACACGGACGUCUUCUACUGUGUGGCUGAUAACAGCGUCACAUCCGGGGCACAGGCAACCAAACAACGUUCUGUGCAAGUUUACGUCACUUGCCCACCUAAACCCAUCAACUCUGGUGAACAAACCCACACAGCUAACCUCAACUCUGAUGUCACCAUCAAGUUUGACGUCACGGCAUAUCCUGUCAUCAACACGUCAUUAGCCGUCCUGUCAGUUGUCAAAGAAAAGUUUCUGGUUCCGGUGGAUGCGACAAGAUACAGUGUCAGUGUAGUGCCAGGUGUGCCACCAAAGAUGACGGUGGUUGUCACAUUCAAGAAAGUCCAGCAAGAAGAUCUCCUACAUUAUGCUGUUGACCUACAAAAUGGCGUGGGUUCUGGUGUGACGUACAACUUUGUUCUUACAGAGGCCAAAGACCCGAAGACAAUAUACAUUGCCAUAGGUGUUGGCGUUGGAGUUGCUUUUUUAGUAAUUAUCAUCGUGAUUCUUUCCGUGGUCAUUUACAAAAAAAGACUUCGACGAAAUCAUCAGCGUGCAAAUGAUAAUACUUACAUAGUGCCUGUGACUGAACCUAAUGGAUACAACAAAGCGAGGAAUUCUCUGGGAGACUAUGCUGCACCAGAGAGUAUCUAUGAAACCAUCCCCGACUACAGUGGGUUGGUUAACAAAGCACCUGACACCUACUCUACCUCCGCCUAUGGAAGUGACUCCUCGCAAAGCUCUGCAUACAACGGGAGCACAAACUCCAUUUUACCCCACCGUUAAUGUUUUAUAAAUGCAGUGUUUCCUCCAGACUUUUUUCUCCCGGGGGUGCACUUGAUAUCUGUGUGUGAGUGUGUGUGUGUGUGUGUAUAUAAAAGGUGUCCAAUUUUAAAAAAAUUAUUUUUCAUAUCGUGUGCAUAGUGAAAUCUAACAUGAAAUAUUUUUCAGUCUUAACUAAAUAUGUCAGUCUACAAAUUUGCAGUGAUUCAAUUGUGAUCAUUAUAAUGUAGGCCCUAUAUAUAUUCUCUCAUUAUACAUCAUUAGUAGCAGGGUAAAGAAUUAGGCCCAGUAAUCUAUGGAGCUUGGAGAACAAUUUGGAAAAAUCUUCAUGUUGAUUUUGUUGACAGUUGAAGUAGUUUGAAAAUAAAAUUAAUGAAACGAGGCUAAAAGUCAAUCCACUUUUUACCUGCCCAUUCGCCUUGGUUUCGCCGUCGUCAACUAAUGUUAUCACCUUCAGAGUUUCUUCCAGGCAUCUCUUCGGGGGGGGGGGGGAAGGUUGGCCCUGAAGAACGUCUACCGCCCCCGGAGAAAAAAAGUCUGGAAGAAACACUGAUCACCUUGUUAUCCUAUUUUGCACAAACAUUUACAUGACCUGGUUACAGAAAUAUGAAUGUAGUCCACAUCAAACUAGCAUGUAGGCCUAUAUAGACUGGGUUUUCCAAGGUGCAUAUAGAAAGUAAAUAGACAGUCAAGCAUCAAAAUUGAUUCUUUCUAUCUGUAGUAAUAGUUUUGUGUAUUCUUGUAACAUAGCUAGGGGCCGGCGGGUGGGGUUGCCGCCCCGGGCGCUGAUCCUGCAUCUUACCAAAUGGGGGGGGG